AUGAUGAACGUAUUCCGAUCUAUGUUCGGAGUGUGCAGCAGCUCAUCGGAGAAGAGCGAAGUUCACGACACCGUGAAGAAAAUAUUCGGGAAUGAUAUGGUCUUAAAAGACAAUACAGAGCGUCAAUAUCAAAGAAACAAAUAUAUUAAUCAUAUAAAAGAAAAUCUUCCAAAAAUUCUUGAUGCCAAAAUAAAUCAAGCACAUAAAACGAAACCUGCAAAGAAACAUGGUCCUAUAGUAGUAGAGGUGACUCCAGAACCGACAGAUGACAGACCCGGUCGCGUUGGACCAAAAAUUGUCGUGUUUGAUGCAUCUACCGGAACUGGCCGUCUUGUGUUAGUUGGUGAUGAACGAGUCAGCGUGCAAGGGUUAUCUAGCUUUGCUACUAUCAGAGCGACAGCUUGCGUAUUCGCUGGCAAAUGGAUGUAUGAAGUGCAACUUGGUACUAAGGGAAUAAUGCAGAUCGGGUGGUGUACUGCGUCCUGCGUAUUUUCUAUGGACACAGGAGUAGGAGAUACUGCCCACUCAUAUGCCUAUGACGGUGGCAGAGUGAGGAAGUGGAACGUGGCCACCUCCCCUUACGGCCAAGCGUGGCUGCCUGGUGACGUCAUCGGCUCCUGUUUUGAUCUCGACAAAGGAACAUUGGAGUAUUACAGAAACGGAGUGUCGUUGGGCGUGGCGUUUGACAAGGUUACCCAUGGUGCUGGCUUAGCGUACUUCCCGUCAGUGUCUUUAGCAAUGCAAGAACAUCUGUACGCCAACUUCGGACAUGUACCUUUCGUACUCGCCAAGUUGCCAAGAGCUAAUCUUAUCAAAAAACAUGCUAAGUGCGUAAGACUUACGCAACCCUUCAUAGUGAGUUGUACCAGAAACGAGAAAAAAGUCAUGUUUGUUGUAUUAGAGCCCUUUAAUAAUUUUUUUUCAAGUUUUUGUUGUUUUACCGUCUAAAGAAUCCAGCAUGUAUAAAAAUUUCAUGUGUCUAAAUUUCAUGUUUCAUGAGUACAGCCUGGUGACAGGCGGAUGGACAGCGAAGUCUUAAUAAUAGAGUAUCGUUUUACCCUUUGGGUACGGAACCCUAAAAAGGCCUCGAUUAAAUAUUUAUAUGAUUCUUUUAGAUUCCCAGUUGACGGUUAUCUACCCCUCCAAGCUCCACCUCAUCGUGAAUGCACGCGCGCUACUAUCCUGUUCAAGUCUUUAGACGCGUUACUAGACGAAAUGAUACAUUUAUCUGAUUUAAAAACUACUAUCAGUGCGAAAAACAGCAAGACAAAGUCAGAUUCGGGUAAGAUAGCCGAACAAGAGGUCGCACUUAGAAUACACUCUGACACCGCAUAUACUCCCAGAUCCUCCCCACAUUCCAUCAUGGACUCUCAAAGCAUGGAGAUGAGAAAAAUCUCGAAGAAGGCCUUUCUCAUGUCUAUAGCCCGUAUAGUAGUGAUGGAAUUAGGAAUAACUUUCCGCCUCUCCUACGUGGUGGUAGGAGAAUUAUUGCCUAGGCUAAGAGGAUAUCUCGGAGUUAAGACUAGAAGUUAUCAACCAGAUCCUCUUGCUUCUGAUUUCUAUUCGAAUACAAAAGAAGAACACUUUGAAGGACUUUCCACCCAGUUUCUGUCGCAACCCCAGCCUCGCCUAUGCAUAUUACUCGACUUACUGUGGACUUUUCUAGAUGAGUCUACACUAUGCGAUGUAUUUGAGCACUGCAUCGUCAGAGAAUGUCUGCUGUUCGACCUGGUUUCUCCAGACAUGAACUUCACUCAACAAACUGAGGGCGUAUUUGACAAUUUUCUGAACAUCAAAUGUCCUGACGAAGUCGUGCUACGGAGUAUUAUAAGGAAACCAUGGUGGCAACGACCCACCCCAGUACAUGGUGAAACAGAUCCCAGAAUUGUUGAUAAAAUAUCCAAAUUACUUGCAACAUCUGAUAAAGACGCUUCAUACGAAAAUCAAUACAGAGCUGAUUGCGAGAAAAUAACUCAGGCCAUUGAACCGCUUGAACAGAUACAGCUGGAAUUUCUGCUCAUCUUGCUGGACAACACCGAUGGUACGAACAUGGUACCAUCCACGCGCAAGAUUUUCUUGGAAAAAUUCAGGCGUUAUAUCAUGGACAAUUGCAUAUUGGAUAUGCGACUGUUCAACAUAUCACGCAACUCACCUGCAAUAUCAUGGUGCUGUCACGCUCGUCUACUAACAGCGGUUCUCAAACUGUGGACUGAUAGCCCCAUCGGCAACCCCCAUUUACCACCGCAUCUGCCAGUGAGAACUUAUAUUGAUGGUGAACUUGACUUCUAUAAUGUAGAUCGUCUUGGUGGGGUGCUGCCAUUUUUAGUUAGAACUUUAAGGCAAGAUCUAGUGAACGUGCUUGGGGAAGAUAAUGCCUUCGUUCAAAGUUUCGAGCCUAGCUACAAUCGCGGAGGAGGAAUAGACACAGGUGUAAGUGACAUGACCGCUGGUUCACCAGGGUUAGCGACUCUACCUCAGGUCAUCUCUUCGAUGGCCAGGUUUAUGCAUCAACCGAUGCCACUUAUACCCAACAGAACAACAGGUGAAACUGCGCUCGCCCUAAAAGGCACGAGGUCUAUGAUGCCAGGCGCAGGCGCAAUCGACCUCUGUGAACUGAGAGACAAUCAAUUAGAUAUGGCGGAUUGCCUACAUGAUAUAGAUCAACGAAUCUCUACUCUCACUUCGGAAUUAGAGGCUGGAGCUGAAAAAGAACUAAAUGAGCAAGAGAAUUUGAAAAAACAACUGACAGAAAAAAUACUCAAAGAACUCUUAAGAUCAAGAGCUGUCUAUGUGGAGAAGUUAGAGGCAGGUGCUUUGCAAAUGGCGUGGGUUAUCGGUGCAAUAUGGACGAAGAAGCGGCAGUCAGAGCUAGCGAGACAUUUCGCGGGCACGCUUCACUCUUUGAGAAUGGCAUCAGACCCUGAUUACGCAGCCCAUACUCAGGUGAUAAUGGGAAUCACCUUAUCUUAUCCUAGUUAAUACCUUUUUUAUGUCGCAGGGGAAAUGUACCAUAAGCCUUUUCAAGUUAUACCAGGGAUUUUACAGACAGGUUUAAUCACUUAAACCUACCUGGUAAAACCCGCUGCGGAAAACCCUCAAGGGAAGGUCCCAGAAUCCAGCAAAGAUCCCGCCGCGUCCAACCCCAUAUCCCUGUUAAUAAUAUAAUAUGUUAACUAAUUAAUUAAUUCUUAGAAUGAUAGUUUUCUAUGGGAUUGCUACCAUGUACCAUGUAUUUAUCGAGUUUUCGGUAUUUUGGCACUAUUGUAAGUGCCACGAUCACGAAGUUACUUAAGUCUCGUAGGUGGGUGUUAGCAGAUAUAUCGAUCAACCGUCUUUCUAGUCUUCUUGCGUUCAAUACCCGUACCAUUUUUCACUAAGUUACCGCUAGUUCACCAAUAAUUAAUUCUUCUGUAUAUAGGUGGCCAGUAAAGAAAUAUUGCCUGGCAAAAGUUCUUUGCUAGGUGGUGGAAGUUAUGCUUCUCUUCAAUUGGAAUACACUUCGAGCUCAGACCAGAGCCUUCGACUUCGACGCCCCUUCAGGAUGCUAAAAAACAAAUUACUUUAAAAGAAACGUUGCUAAAGAAUACAAAAUGGUGCAUUUCUAAUGCUAAAUCUAUGGAAAUUGACAAAUUGAUUUCUGAAAUGAUUGCUUUGCAAGAUCUACCCUUCAAUUUUGUGGAAGACAUUUGGACCGAACCAAGUUCCAAUGUGUCUUUGUUGAGUCUGACAGCGCAUGGCAUAAAUAGAGAUUUUAAAAAGCUUAAAGUUAUUUUAAAAUGCCACACAUUUGAUGGAAGACAUACAGGAGAUCUAGUUCUAGAAAAAAUUAAGAGUAUGUUGAUGGAAUGGGGCAUCAUAAAAGAGAAAAUUCAUUGUUUUGUACGCGACUCUGGAUCUAAUAUGAAACGAGCAAUGAAACUCGGCGACAUACCUGAUGUUAGUUGCACUGUUCAUCAGUUGCAACUGUGUGUGCGAACAUUGUUAGAUUGUGAUGAAGAAAUUAAAGCCUUAUUAUCGAAAUGCAAAAAAAUUUCGACCCAUUUUAAUAAUUCCCAAAUAGCUCAGACUGACCUGCAUAAAAUACAAAAGGAACAACUCAACCAAGAAUGUUUGAGUGUAAUACAGGAGUGUAGUACGCGGUGGAACAGUACAUUUUAUAUGUUGGAAAGAAUGAUUAGAAUACAGGAUUCUCUAUGCCUGUACGCAUGUAAACACAACAUCUCUCAGUUGUCUCCUGAAGAAUGGCUGCAGCUUAAAAAAAUAGUAACUAUACUUCAACCUUUUGAAGAAAUUACCCGAAAUAUGAGUGACAAUAACACCAGUAUCUCAUCAGUAAUUCCACUUAUACACACACUAAAGUAUACAUUAUACACUGAAGGCAGUAAACAAGACACAAAUGAAAAAUUUAAAAGUAUAAUAAAAUGUACUGUCGAUCAAUUAAAUUCCAAAUUUGGUGACCUUCAAUCAAACAAUUUCUUUGCAAUAGCAACAUAUCUAGAUCCUCGCUAUAAAACAAAAUUUUUUGAUGAAGUGGUUAAAGAGAAGACUGAAACAGAAAUAAUGUCACUAUUUGAUGCCGAUACAUCUAAAAACGAGGCUGAUAAUAUUGCCGUUCCUGUAGAAAAACGGACAAGAAUGGAAUUACCAGCAGAAGCUAGCCAUAGUAAUGUCCAAACAGUUUUGUCGAAUAUAUUAUUAAGUAGUGAUGAAGACGAUGACAAUACCACAUCUGAAAAAUGUGCAGUUUUUGACAAAUUUGUUGUAAUGAAAAGUAUACUAAAUGAGUUCAAUAAAGAAAAACGAUUUUCGGAAAAUUACGCCACUGCUGCAAUGACCGCCACCCACCGAUUAGGGUCACAUUCAGCAUUGCCGUCGCCAAGCCAUUGGGAAGAAUUGGUGGUUUCUUGCGCUGCAUUCCUUUGCUCAGAGUUCGCUGAUGCCAGGAUAGUGUUGGCUAGCACUAGAGAAUCUUUGGUGCAAACACUUGCUUCAUUUGCUACACAACCAACGACUAUGAGAGCUAUCGAGAGAGUACCCGCUAAACAACAGAUGCGUAUGGUAGAGGAGCUAGUCCGACCAUAUCAAAAUCGAGCAUGGGCACAAUCUAACUGGGUGCUGGUUCGUUUCUGGCAUGGCUCCGGUUUCGGUUUUCGACAUCGGCAGUGGCCACAUCUAGCAGCCAAAUACGGUGAUAGAGAACCCACUGUCAAUAAUCUCGGUGCGAAAGUGGAUGCUGGUCUCAUGAGUCAAUGCUUCGGUCCAUGUCCAUCAGAGAUGGAUAGAGUGAACGUUGACGCACAUUUGGAGUCCCGUCAGAUCAAGCUGUGCGCGACAUGUUUUGAUCUCUAUCACGGACUGGCGAGAGCUCUGGAAAUGAUUAUCGCGUUAGCACCCCAACUGCUAACAAAAGCUGAAGCUUGCGACAACCAAAAUGAAUUAUUACUUGGAAGGACUUGCCAGAUUCUAAUGGCAGUUGUAUCACGUGUUUGCGUUCGCGCUGGUGGCGGCGCCAGUUUCGGACGCUUGGUCGCCAGAGGUUUACCAGAUACCGAUAGAGUGCAUUACUACGUGGCGCUUGCGCCUGUAGCAGGAUGUCUUUGCGGUAUGCUGAAUCCCAAGCUGCCCACAGAACAUAUAGACAAGAUAGUUAAAGCGAUAAUCACUGAGCCACUGUUCCGCAUCGACGGCCUCGAAUUCAUGCUGGGAAAAACAAAGGAAAAGAUAUUCUCUUUCUAUAAAUGUUAG